AUGGAGGAGCUGCCACCAGGUUAUCGCUUCUACCCAACAGAAGAAGAACUGGUCUCCUUCUACCUCCUUAACAAACUCGAAGGGAAGCGAGACGAUACUCGUCGAGUAAUCCCAGUCGUAGACAUUUACAGCAAAGAGCCAUGGGACCUUCCAAAGUUUUCAGGGGAGUUGUGUCAUGGAGACACAGAGCAAUGGUUUUUCUUCACACCAAGACAACAAAGAGAAGCCCAAGGAGGAAGGCCCAACAGGACCACAGCUUCUGGGUACUGGAAGGCCACGGGCUCUCCUGGGUAUGUUUACUCCUCAGACAAUAAGGUCAUUGGAAUGAAGAAAACCAUGGUUUUCUAUGAAGGCAAAGCUCCAACUGGACGGAAAACCAAAUGGAAGAUGAACGAGUACAGAGCCAUUGAAGCAGAUAACCCAACUACCACUACCACUACCACUAGUGUCCCCAAGUACUUGAGGAAUGAAUUCAGAUUGUGCCGGGUGUACGUGGUAUCUGGGAGUUGUCGAGCAUUUGACAGACGACCAUUAGAAGGAGGUGGAGAGACGAAGCAUCAAUUGAGUGAGUCUAUGGGUGGAACCAGCACCUUUUCUCUGAAGGCUCCAGUGGUGGAGAAAGCAAGCUCAUCGGAUGAAACUUAUUCAUAUUCAGGAGAGCUUGCUGAUCUCCCAGAGACGUCUGCAGGGAUUAAUAGUACUGAUUGGGAGAUUAUUGAAGGUCUUGAACAACCUCUAUGGGAAUGGGAACAAUUAAAUUUGCUUUAA